UGUAAAUCUAGUGUGUAUUGCUGUCAUAUAUCACGCUACCUCGUAAAAACGACACUGAGGAUUCUGGGCCAACAAAUCAGAGAGGAAAAAAAUAUGAGUUCUUAUUAUGUGGAUGGUCUUCUUAGCGCGUAUACGGCGGCGGCUCUGUUUCCGAACGCGGAGCGGGCUUCUUGUCGUUCUGGAUCCAGUGGAGAGGACUAUGGCUCUGCUCGGAGUGCUGCGGCCAUUGCGCUCACACCGGCCCUGUCUGGAGUUUACAGCGUCAAUAAUGCAGUAUACCAGGGCCGCCCCGUGUUUACCUCGGGCUACAGCCAGGUGCACGAUGCGCACGCACUGCACUGCAGCCCGUUUGACCAGAGCCGCAUAUUCACCGAGGGCUCCUGCAAUCCGGGGCCGGGACCCCUCACCUCUCCGCCGGACAAACACUACCGGAUGUACCCCUGGAUGAGAGCAUCAGACCCAACUCGUAAGCGUGGGCGACAGACCUAUUCACGGUACCAGACCCUGGAGCUGGAGAAGGAGUUCCACUUCAACCGCUAUCUGACCCGCAGGCGGAGGAUCGAGAUAGCCCAUGCCCUCUGUCUGUCAGAGAGACAGAUCAAAAUCUGGUUCCAGAACCGCAGGAUGAAGUGGAAGAAGGACAACAAGGGCGAAGCGGUGCCAAACCCGGCAGACAACGACAGCGACACCCAGGCUGUGUGCGAGGCCGGGGGGCCCGAAACCGAAGAGACCAGGGCCCCCGCGGGGCCGGAGUCAGAAACGGCUGCAAAGUAAAGAAUGAGACAGAAAUAAAUAAAAAAAUCCGAGCGUGAAUGAAAGAAACACAGUGUUGAAUAUGAGUUAGGAACCGAACAGAGGCACCAUUCAUUCACUGCAGCUUCACAAGCUCAUUAAUUGAAUGACAGCUUAGGGUCAUUCUGUAAUAAAAUUUAACAGUAAACUGUAUAAGAUCUGCAUUUCAUAUUUACACCGAAAAUGCUUUUAAAGAGACUCCGCAUGAAAGAGCGACGUUAAACUACCUAUUUAAACUAUAUUUUUCUAUGCGCAGUACGUGCGUAAAAAUUAACAUGAUCAUGCUACUGAAUCAACAUUCCUUCAAAUUAAUACUACCCAGUUUCUACCAGCUCGUAACAAAACACUGAAGAAUUCAAAAUAAUGUGGAAAUGUAUUGUAAAUUAAUCGAAGCUACCUACUCCAGUAUUUUUUCCCUCUCUACUCGCGGUUCUGAUUCUAAAGGGAACAAAUACAAUAUUGUGCGUAAAUGUGCCUUACUUGGUAAAUGUAAUGUUAUUUUUGUUGUUGAAGGCCUCUAGCUGCAACUUUGAUGUUUUGUAUUGCUGUAAUGUUAUUUUCAUGACCCCUUAAUUCAUUAGAAUAGCAAUACCUUAUCCUGGGCCACCACGAGCACACACGUGUUUAUAGUGUCGGAUGACCUUAGUUUAUGUAACCUACCUCACAUUCCCACAUGCUCAUUACAUUGUAAACACGAACACACUCAUGUAAAUGUUUUAAGGGUCUUAGCUGUGCACUGUGGAAAUGCUGGCAUCGGCCUUUUGCUCUUUUUCACGUUUUCGAAUUUCACGCCACACAUGUAAUACGUGUUUUGUGGAAAUACCAACAGGAUCAAACAACUACACACGCUUGUUUUUAUUUUGACAGCAUCAUUUUUCAGUAUCAGGUUCGUUUCUUUUGACAGUGUAAAACGAGCCGGCGACUCCACACAGCACUGUGCCAAAACUGUGAUCUAUUUCGAGUCAGUGAAAGGGGUUUGUUAUGUCGUGAAGUGAAAUGUGAACAAUUGAAAAACCUUUAAGAAUGUCUUAAAUUUGUAAAUGAGAAUAUGAUGAUGAAAUAAAAUAGAUUGUA